GUGCUGUCUACAUGCGGUUAGAGGCAUUCACGAUCAUGAACUAGUCCAGUAUGGGCAUGUUGUUGCCUGAGGUAUUAGUGUGACUGAUCAGGCCAAAAGAAGCAACCACCAGAACUGAAAGACAAGAACAAACAGGAAGUACAACAACCAGGCAGAACACAUACACAAGACACAUCCUCCCUCGUGCCUUCGCCAUUGAUCUGCAAGGUGCAUCUGCACUAUCUUCUUGAUCCGACGCUGGCCGCCUCACCUAGACUAUACUCGACUUCUAGGCAUGACCAUCUCCUACAAAUCCUCGGCAACAGCGGAACACCCGACAACCAACCACACCUACAGUCCACCCCUGGACAGCAUAUUCCUCCUCCUACCAAUCCUCCUCGUACCAACCAUCUUCCUCCUCCACCGCAUCCACAAAGACUACCAAGCCUUCCUCGCCCUCGGCCCCGGCGGCACUCCCUCCACCCCAACAGGCUACCUUCGCAUCUGCCUCCUCCGACUCUUCACAAUCCGGGACCCCUUCCAACCACCCUCCCUCCCACUGACCCUCCUCCCCAAGACCGGCCUCCUAAACUCCAACAACCUCCCGCAACGCCAUGGCCCACGCCCCACCGUCGCCGGAAUCGCUCCCCAGCGCCAAAUGACCCAAAAGGCCAAUCCAGCCAUGUACGAAACCCUCUCAACCGAGAUCCAGAAAUUAGUAUCCCAAAACCCAGAAGCCCUCUACGAAGGGACCUCAUGCUUCGAGAAACACAGCACGGGCAUGUUCUGCUCCAGCACCGACACACCCCAGCAACAAAGCGCAGGCGGCACGCUCAAAGACCGCGACAUCUCCUCACUAAUGAUGUCCCGCAACCAACAAUGGCGUCACCGCCGCACCUGCAACGGGGAAGUAUGUCACGCGCACCCCAGCGACGGGAGUCUGCAUUUGACGCUGCAUCCGGCGGACGUGAAAACAGUGAUCGAGCGGGGCUGGGGCCAGCGACAUCCAUUAACACGGGAGAGCUGGUGGUGGUGUUAUUUGAGGACCGUGCCGACGGGAUUCGUCAUGAUAUAUGCGCCGAGGGAUCAAAAGGAGUUGGAAUGUGUGUUGAAGAUUAUUCGUGCUGCGGCGUGGUGGGUGAGUGGGGAGGAACUGGUGCAGCAGAAGACGCAGAAGCGGGAGGGAGCACCUGUUCGUCGUCAAGUUGUGGAGGGAUGUAGGUGAUAUAUAUACACUGUAUAUACAUGAUACUAUAGUAUAUCAGUUCAUAUAUAUAGUACUAGAGCAAACAAGAUAGUAUUGGAUAAUUUGGCUUUGCGGAUGUGGGAUGUGGUAAUGGGACGUUCAUUCGAGGACUCGACACAUGGGGAAACGGAGGAACCUGAAAGAUGGAUAGACUGCACUCGAUAAUACUAGCUAUAGUCAUAGUCAUAGUCAUAGUCAUGUU